AUGCCUCUUACCAGAGAUGAAGCUGUAGGCUUCGAGGUGGACACGCCCGACACCUGGUCAACCUUUCACAAGCGCGUCCACAAGUUAAAACCUCAGGGAGACUACGAUGUGACCAUCCAUAUUCUUGCUUGUGGAGUCUGCGGUAGUGAUGUUCAUACACUCUGUGGAGGUUGGGGAGAGCAGUAUUACCCCUUUGUCGCUGGCCACGGUAAGCAAAUCGUGGGGAAUGUCAUCCACGUCGGCCCAAAAGUCACGCUGCACAAGGUUGGUGACCGAGUAGGCGUGGGCGCCUCGUCGUGGGCGUGUCUAGAGUGCCGCCAGUGCAAGAAGGACAACGAGCAGUACUGCGAGCACCAGCUGGACACGUACGGUGCCAAAUGGCCCGACAACGGCUAUGUCACCAAGGGCGGCUAUUCCUCCCACAUCCGCAUCCACGAGCACUACUGUUUCCCGGUGCCCGAGGCGCUCCCGACCAACGUUGCAGCGCCCAUGAUGUGCGCAGGGCUCACGGUCUUCUCGCCGCUCAAGAGAAACGGCUGUGGACCCGGCACCAAGGUGGGCAUCUUGGGCGUCGGAGGGCUAGGUCACCUGGCUGUGAUGUUUGCGAAGGCCAUGGGCGCCGAAGUGUGGGCUUUUAUGCUCGAUCACAAGCUGGAUGACGACGCUCUUGCCCUGGGCGCCACGGGAACGAUCGUCAUGUCUGAUGAGGACUGGAGCAAGCCGCAUAAGCGCACCUUUGAUCUGAUUCUCAACAGCGCGAGCUCUUCGGUCAAUGCCUCCCCGUAUCUCCCACUUCUUGAUGUCCAUGGGCGUUGGAUUUCGGUCAGUAUGCCCGACAAGAACGACAAAGGCACGGAAGUCUCGACGUGGUCUCAGAUUGAGAACGGCUGUCUCAUUGGGGCCUCGCACCUGGGCUCACGCAAAGAGGCUCUGGAGAUGUUGCAAUUGGCCGCAGACCAUAACAUUGCCACCUGGAUCGAGACGGUGGACAUUAAUGAGGAAGGCCUGCAUAAGGCCCUGGAGAGGUGUGCCAGGAGUGAUGUUCGCUACCGUUUCUGUUUGACUGGAUUCGACAAGGCCUUCGGUGAGGAUAUCAAAGACCGUGGGGUCUGA